AUGAAGUGUCUGCUGAUCCUCUCAGUCCUGGGACUUGCUGCUGCAUUUCCCUACGACGAUGACGACAAGAUCGUAGGAGGCUACACCUGCGCCAUAAACUCUGUCCCCUACCAGGUGUCCCUGAACUCUGGCUACCACUUCUGUGGUGGGUCCCUGAUUAAUGACCAGUGGGUGGUCUCAGCUGCGCACUGCUUCAAAUCACGCAUUGAGGUCAGACUGGGAGAACAUAACAUUGAGGUGUUGGAGGGAACAGAGCAGUUCAUUAAAGUUGCCACGAUCAUUCGUCACCCCAGAUACAGCACCUACCUGCUAGACAAUGACAUCAUGUUACUGAAGCUUUCCGAGCCAGCUAUGCUGAGCGGCAGGAUCCAGGCCAUCCGUCUGCCCACUGACUGCGAGGCCGCUGGGACAUCGUGUCUGAUCUCCGGCUGGGGAAACACCCUGAGCAGCGGAGUGAAUUACCCCGACCUCCUGCAGUGCGUGGAUGCCCCCAUAGUGUCUGAUGAGAACUGCCGUUAUUCCUAUCCUGGACAAAUCACUGAGAACAUGAUCUGUGUGGGCUUUCUGGAAGGCGGAAAGGACUCCUGCCAGGGUGAUUAUGGCGGUCCUGUGGUCUGCAAUGGAGCGCUCCAGGGUGUUGUAUCCUGGGGUAUUGGCUGCGCUCUGCCUGGCUAUCCCGGAGUCUACACCAAGGUGUGUAACUACGUGUCCUGGAUUGAGGAGACCAUGGCCAUAUAUUAAGCCUAUGAACCAAAGAUGAUGCAAUAAAAUCUCAAACAGAGA